UAGCUGAUAAGUGCAAGUGCCAAGUGCAAGAGAGUCUUUCGCAGGUAUACUCGAGUAAACUCGAUCCUCCCACACUGCCUUCCCCAUGUUUGCAUGUAAAUUAGAUACCUAGAGAGGCCCCUCUCCCUCCUUCCCGCUCGUUUUCCGUGCAAAUUUGACCAUCUUCUGAAUUAAACCGCACCUGUUCCCCUUUUCUCCUUUCCUGCCCCCUCAAACUGCUGAGAAUGGGUGCGGAAAAAGACCUCGAACAUGGCCAAUUUUCAAGCGUGGAUAGCUCACAGUCUCAAAUCUCGGGGCCGGAGGAAUUGGAGAGGGUUUCGCGGGGUAAUUUCCGGAAUGGAUUUCACGAGAUCGUAUUUGUCUGGGUGGUCACCUCGGCGCAUUGGAUAACGGUAUUCUUCUCUUUUCCUUUCGUCGGUUUUAGUAUUAUUGACAUAUCAAGUACUAUAGCAAGCCAAUUUGGGGAACACGAUCGUGCCUAUACGAUACAUUGCUGAAGGGCUAGGAGUUCCCCCGGAUGAGAGCGCCAGGCAGAGUUGGUUUGCUGCUAGUUACUCGUUGGCUUCGACCAUCCCCACAAAGAUAGGUAGCCAUUGAAUUUCGCUAAUUUCUCAGAUGCACUGUCGGUGGCUUCGUCCUGAUAACCGGUCGACUGGGGGACAUCUACGGUCACAAGAAUAUGUUCCUGAUUGGUUGGCUCUGGACAGCGGUCUGGUCAACAGCCUCUGGAUUUGCAAAGGACGAGAUACAAUUCGACAUUUUCCGCGCAAUGGUCGGUAUAGGGCCGUCUAUAAUGAUGCCCAACGCGGCCGCCCUCCUAGCCCGAGCCUGGAACCAACAAUGGAAGAAGAAUCUCGCAUUCGUAGUCUUCGGAGCAAUUGCACCGGUGGGUUUCGUCAUGGGCGCGGGGUGGGGCGCGGGCGUCACGGAAACGGGCGCGCGGUGGGAAUGGAUUUACUGGAGUAUGGCAAUCGUCACAGCGUUCUAUGCUGCCGCCAGUUGGUGGGUGGUUCCCGAGACGGGCGGGAUGAACGACUUCCAUAGUAUGGGGUUCGAUGUUCCUGGAAGUGUUACCGGGGUUGCCGGACUGGCUUUGAUAUUUAUUGCAUUGAAGUUAGUUUCGUUCGCCAAGGAUCCGGUAGUGCUGGGUAAGUUGGUGACUGACUGUGAUUAAGUGGUGGGCCAACCUUUGGAUGGGAUCAGCCGAAGUGUGGGAUCAUGCUUGGGGUCGGAGUGCUCUCUCUUGCACUCUUCUGCUGGAUCGAGACCAAAGUUAAUGAACCCAUUCUCCCCAUGAGCUUGUUCAACAGCCCAACUUUCGUGGCUGUUGCAGUCAGUCUCUGUCUGGGCUGGAUGAGUUUUGGGAUGUUUCAAUUCUACUUCCCGCAUUUGUUAACCCCUUCCCCCCCUCUCUUUUUGCCCUCUUCUCGCACACUAAUCCAUUCCAGUCUAAUGGAAUUCCGCGGAGAGUCCGGCCUUCAGGCAACGCUACAUGUCUUCCCAACAGUUCCAACCGGCAUCAUUGCUACGCUCUCCGCCGUCUACCUUCUCUCCAGAGUCCCCGGUUGCAUAAUAUUCGGUCUUUCCAUGCUAUGCUUCUUCCUCGGUCAACUCCUCUGCGCACUCACCCCCGUCGGCCAAACCUACUGGCAAAUGUCAUUUCCAGCGGUCUUAGUGAUCACAUUCGGACCAGAUCUCUCCUUUGCCUGCGGGUCGCUUAUAGCCUCCGAUACGCUCAAACCAGAGCAGCAGGGUGUUGCAGGUUCAUUUGUUAGUACCAUUAUUAAUUAUAGUAUCGCCAUGGGCUUGUCUCUCGCCGUAAAUAUCGAGAAGAGGGUUAACCCGGAUGGGACGAAGAUGUUGCAAGGCUUCAGGGCCGCAUGGUUCUUUGGAGCUGGGUGCGCGGCGUUGGGGAUGGUUAUGACGGCGAUAUUUUAUAAGGGGAUGUCGAAAAAGCAUGUGCAUUAGACGGUCCCUUUUGUCUAUGUUUUCUCUUUUCUCCUUUUUUAUUUCAAGCAAUAAAAGGCGCUUCUUUGGGGACUUUUUCGGUGGGAUAAAUACACCUUACUGAAAUCAGGUGUGUAAUCACUGAAUAUCAUUCAGUUCGUUGGGUUUGUUGGAAUCUCUGUACGGGCCCAUGUCCCGUGUUAACCCCGAGACUCACCACUCAAAGCAAAGCUCCGGCUUUCAUGUGCCUAGCAAGCCUCCGUAGAAUUGACCCAAUGAUGAUUUAGAUACGAACUUUUAUCGAGGCAGCCCCACUAUCCUCCACCUACUAUCGCCAGCGCCUUCCGCGUAGUCU